UCGGGGUCUGUGCUGGUCUGAGGCACUGCCGGCGGCAGCCGCCACGGGAGGAUGUGGCGGGAUUUACUUGGAGUAAAAGAUCACUGACUACUACAAUGGAAAAGUCAUGGAUGCUUUGGACCUUUGUUAAAAGAUGGCUACUAGCUUUGGCUUCCUGGUCUUGGAGUCUCUGCCGUAUUUGUCUUUUACCCUUGAUAGUAACUUUUCACUUGUACGGAGGCAUUAUACUACUUAUAUUAAUAUUUGUAUCAAUAGCGGGUAUAUUAUAUAAGUUCCAGGAUGUGCUGCUUUACUUUCCUGAACAGCCCUCUUCAUCACGCCUUUAUGUUCCUAUGCCUACUGGUAUACCACAUGAAAAUAUCUUCAUCAAAACCAAAGAUGGAGUUCUUCUCAAUCUUAUUCUGCUGAGAUACACAGGGGACAAUGCAGCGUAUUCUCCAACCAUCAUUUACUUUCAUGGGAAUGCAGGAAACAUUGGCCACAGGUUGCCAAAUGCUUUGUUAAUGCUGGUAAACCUGAAAGUAAACUUAAUUCUUGUUGAUUAUAGAGGGUAUGGAAAAAGUGAAGGAGAAGCAAGUGAAGAAGGUUUGUACUUAGAUUCUGAGGCUGUGUUAGACUAUGUGAUGACUCGGUCUGAUCUUGAUAAAACAAAAAUUUUUCUUUUUGGCCGUUCCUUGGGGGGAGCAGUAGCUAUUCAUUUAGCUUCUGAAAAUUCCCAUAGGAUUUCUGCCAUCGUGGUGGAGAACACCUUUCUUAGCAUCCCAUACAUGGCCAGCACUUUGUUUUCUUUCUUUCCAAUGAGAUAUCUUCCUUUAUGGUGCUACAAAAAUAAAUUUCUGUCCUACAGAAAAAUCUCUCAGUGCAGAAUGCCUUCUCUCUUCAUCUCUGGGUUGUCUGACCAGUUAAUUCCACCAGUUAUGAUGAAGCAACUUUAUGAAUUAUCCCCAGCUCGGACUAAGAGAUUGGCGAUAUUUCCUGAUGGAACUCAUAACGACACUUGGCAGUGCCAGGGUUAUUUCACUGCACUUGAACAGUUCAUCAAAGAAGUAAUAAAGAGUCACUCCCCUGAAGAAAUGGCGAAAACGUCAUCUAACGUAACAAUAAUAUAAUUGGUAUUCUUCUUUGGGGUGGGGGGAGUACCUGCACUGUACCUUGAUUUGUGAAAAGUGGUAAAAGAAUGUCCAUUUUUAAAUGUAUGUCAUGUCUGUACUUGCCUAAAGAGUGAAAUUAAACUUGGAAAGGUCUGAUGCUUUAUUAAGAUGUUCCAGAUAACUUUUACAUUUGCAGCAUUGUAAAUGAACCAUUUUAUGUCUUUCUCAUACUUUUUUGGUAUCUCUGUCCAUAUAUUCCAUUUGUUUAAUAUGUACAAUGGAUGCUAUUAAAGGAACUUGCUACAAAAGUA